CCUGGGCGUCCGCGGCUGCAGCGGAGAUCCGGAGGGGAGCAGCGAGCUGGGGUCCAGUCCGGGGCCCGCCGCCUGUCACAGCCCGGCCGCGGGGAGCAGCAUGAAAUGUCUGGUUACGGGCAGCAACGUGAAGGUGCUCGGCAAGGCCGUCCACUCCCUGUCCCGCAUCGGGGACGAACUCUACCUGGAGCCCCUGGAAGACGGGCUCUCCCUCCGGACCGUGAACUCCUCCCGCUCGGCCUAUGCCUGCUUCCUCUUUGCCCCGCUCUUCUUCCAGCAGUACCAGGCGGCCACCCCUGGUCAGGACCCGCUGCGCUGUAAGAUCCUGAUGAAGUCCUUCCUCUCAGUCUUCCGCUCGCUGGCGAUGCUGGAGAAGACCGUGGAGAAAUGCUGCAUCUCCCUGAAUGGCAGGAGCAGCCGCCUGGUAGUUCAGCUGUACUGCAAAUAUGGGGUGAGGAAGACUCACAACCUGUCCUUCCAGGACUGCGAGUCCCUGCAGGCUGUCUUCGACCCAGCCGUGUGCCCCCAUGUGCUCUGUGCCCCAGCAAGGGUCCUGGGGGAGGCUGUUCUGCCCUUCCCCCCUGCGCUGGCCGAAGUGACGCUGGGGAUUGGCCGUGGCCAGAGGGUCAUCCUGCGUAGCUACCAGGAGGAGGCAGGUGAGGGAGCCAGACGUGGCCUGGGGCAGGGGGCAGAGGUGGGCUGGGAUGGGGCAGGGCCCAGGUUUCCUCCUGUUGCUGACCCCACAGACAGUGCCGCCAAAGCCAUGGUGACCGAGAUGAGCAUCGGGGGUGAGGAUUUCCAGCAGGUGCAGGCCCAGGAAGGGGUGGCCAUCACUUUCUGCCUCAAGGAAUUCCGGGGGCUCCUGAGCUUCGCUGAGACAGCGAACUUGUCUCUCAGCAUUUACUUCGAUGGCCCGGGCAGGCCAGCCAUCUUUGCCAUCAAGGACUCUCUGCUAGACGGCCACUUUGUCCUGGCCACGCUCUCAGAGCCGGACCCGCACCCCCAGGACCUGCGUGCCCCGGAGCUCCAGCGGCCGGCGCCUCAGCUUCAGGCUCACAGCACACCCCACCUGGACGACUUUGCCCUUGACGACAUUGACUCUUACAUGAUCGCCAUGGAAACCACCGUGGGCAGUGAGGGCUCGCGGACAUUGCCCUCCACCUCCCCUUCACCUGGCCUCCAGCCCCACUGUAGCCCUGGCUCCCACUCGGAGGAGGAAGAUGACACCGAGCCCAGCACAGUGCCUGGGACUCCCCCACCCAAGAAGUUCCGCUCGCUGUUCUUUGGCUCCGUCCUGGCCCCUGCACACUCUCCCCAGGGCCCCAGCCCCGUGCUGGCUGAGGACAGCGAGGGGGAGGGCUGAGCCGAGAAGUCCUUGGAGGACUGGACCAGGGGCAGCCCGGGCCUCCCCACCUCCCAGCGCCAACCAGGGGCGGGACCAGCUCUCCUCCAGGGUGGGUGGUAGAGGUGGGCUGUGCUGGAGCUCAGCUGGCUGGUCCUGCCGCCUCCCCCAGGCCCUGCCCGGCUAUGGCUAUCUGUGACUGGCCUGGGUACCGUCGUCUCCCUUCGGCCCCCAGUCGAUCGUGUCUGUUCCCAGUCUUGGUGCUGAGCUGCCACCUGCCGGGAGGUCCCUCACCUCUUAAUCCAACCAUGUGGCCAGGGUUGGGGGCCUGCCUUCUCUAAGCCCACCUCCCUAAGAGAAAAAUCACGGUGGUGCUGCUGGCCCCUGCUGACCUACCUUCUCUGCCAAUCAGGACCUGUCCCUCCCUCGGACCCUGGGUGCACCUCGGGGAUCCCCUGUGGCCGGCACACACUGUUUUGCUUGCCUUUCCAAAACUCUGGCCCUGGCUUGGAAAUUCCAAGGGCCCCUGUGACCUG